AUGAGGAAAGUUGGAGAAAAAAUUGCAGAGAGUACAAAUUUAGAUACUGUCACUAGUGCAAAAGAGUGCUUGGAUGUAAUAGAAUUGAGCUACAAGCACUUGCCAGAUUACCUCAAGCCCUGCCUUCUUUAUUUUGCAUCAUUUCAGGAGGAUGAAAAAAUUUCAUUCACAAACUUGGCAUGGUUAUGGACUAUUGAGGGAUUUAUUCCAAACACAGUUGUUGCUGAAAGUUUACUGAAUGAUCUCAUCGGAAGAAGCUUGAUUAUGGUGAGCAAGAAAAGGUCCAUUGGAGGAGUCAGAACAUGUCACAUUCAUGAUGUGUUGCAUGAUUUUUGUGUGACAAAAGCCAAGGAAGAGAAGUUUAUGCAGCUAGCAAGCAAUGGGAAGACAGAUUUUUCAAGUUCCUUUUAUGAGAAUCGGAGGCUUUGCAUUGAUCGUAGCCUUUAUUGGGCAGAGAGGAUUGGAAACCUGCAAGUUCGACAGUUCAUUCCAGAGAUUAAAAGAUCAGAUCCAUCUGAAGUACUUAGGAAUCAAAGGCUAUAUGGAAUCAAUGCCAUCAUGGAUAUCGAACCUUUCAAACCUAGAGUGUCUCUGACUAAUAAGCAAGCAGACUACAUGAUCAAGAUGGCAAAUAGACUGCGAAAGCUCAAGUGCCAGUGUAAAGAGCCUCUCAAACUCAGAUUGGAUGCUCUUCAACUUGAAACACUCAGUGUGAAUGAUGUUUUGUUGCCACAAAGUGUAAUGUCUAAUAUCGGAAGAUUACCAAAUUUAGUGGUUCUCAAGUUGGAGCAUAGAGCAUUUCAACAGGAAAAAUGGGACAUUGAAGAUGAAGAGUUUCUGACCCUCAAGGUUCUUAAAUUGAGAUCCCUUAAAAUUACAACAUGGAAUGCCUCAGAUGAGUCCUUGCCCAACCUCGAACAGCUUCUGGUAGAAAACUGCUUCCAUCUUCAAGAAAUUCCUUCUGUUGUUGGAGAAAUUCUUACUCUGAAGAUGAUUGAAGUGAAACGAUGCGGUGAGUCUCUUGAAAACUCAGUCAGGCAAAUUCAGGAAGAGCAAGAAGGAUAUGGAAAUGAAGUGCUCAAGGUCCUUAUUUACCCCUUGGAUUCGUCAACCUGA